UGCGAUGUCCAUUGACGUUUAGUUGUUUGAUGUUCACGUGACGAGCAUUUCAGCAAAUCCCUGUCCAAAAAAACAAGUUAUAGCCAGAGAUCCACUUCCCUUAAAACUAAAACCUAUGCCAGCGGCUCCCAGAAGGAAAGACCGUGCAGAACAUGUCUAUCAUGGCUCCUGCCGCCGACAAAAAGCUCACCGGACUUGUUGCAGCCACAUUCACUCCGAUCACCAGUCAAGGUGAAAUCAACCUAUCAGUGAUUGGACCUUAUAUUGACUACUUGAAAGAGAAGCAAGGUGUAAAUAACGUGUUUGUGAAUGGCACCACGGGCGAGAGCAUGUCUCUCAGUGUGGAAGAGAGGAAGCUCCUGGCUGAGGAGUGGUGUCGAAAAGCAAAGGGCAAGAUGGAUCAGGUGAUUGUUCAUGUUGGCUGCCUGAGUCUUAAAGACACCCAAGAACUGGCUCACCAUGCAGCACAGAUUGAGGCCGAUGGUAUAGCAGUCAUUGCUCCGUCCUUCUUCAAGCCCAGCAGUGCAGAUGUUUUGAGGACCUUUCUCCAGGAAGUGGCUUCAGCUGCUCCAACUCUGCCCUUCUAUUAUUAUCAUGUCCCAUCAGUCACUGGUGUCAACGUGAACGUGAGAGAACUAAUAGAAGGUAUUGAGAAGGUCAUCCCUUCCUUUAGAGGUGUCAAGUUCACUGGGAGUGACCUGAUGGACUUGGGCCAGUGUAUCAGUUACAUUCCGCCUCACUGGUCAGUCCUCUAUGGCAUAGACGAGCAACUUCUAGGAGCUUUGGUAAUGGGAGUCCAUGGAGCAGUUGGCAGCACAUAUAAUUACGUAGGAUGUCACGUCAACAAGCUCAUAUCGGCGUUCGAGACCGGCGACCUCGUCCAAGCCAGGACGAUACAGUUCAAGAUUCAGGAGCUUGUGAGUUUUGCCAUCAAACUUGGUUUUGAUGUGGGAGUAAAUAAACAGUUGAUGAACGAGCUGUCGGGCUUGGAUCUGGGACCCCCUCGUCUCCCGGUGAUGACAUGUCCAGCUGCUCGUGCUCUGGCCAUCAAACAGAAAUAUGACAGUAUCUUUCCUGAAUAACUUGAACAUGCUUGAACAUCCCUCAUUCCAAUAAUAGAUUACACAGACUCUCUCCAAAGAGUUUCUCCAUAUUGUUAGGUCUUUACCCAACUGUGUUAAGUGUCCUCGUAUUAGUUAACUGCAAACAUGGCAUUAUACAGGACUGUGCAAAAGUCUUGAGCCACCCUUCAUUCCUUUAUAUUUUCCUUCCAAGGAGCCAGACUUUCUUGUAAUCUUUAAGUUCUCGAGGCUUUCAGAAAGCUGCUUAUUCACUCGCUUGUGAUCCAGUCCUUGCACCUGAGCAUUUCCAGAGGAAUGUGAAUGAUGCUUAAUGAAGGGAAACAAGGGUAUGGCGGAGGUAUGAAACUGGACUGAAAAUCAGUGUAAACAGGUCUGAUCGAGUGAAGAAUCCAAAUUUGAAAGUUUAGUUCAUUAUUUUGUCAAUAAGUACAGAGGUACACCAGCGAGAUGGUGGUUCGUCAUGUCUGUGAAGGUUCUCAGUCAUCCAGGUCAUCGUAGUCUAAGAAGCUUGGAAAGAAAAGUGUCUGAACUUCUUUAAGUUUCCUUGAAGACGGUUCACCUCUCAUCCGAGAAGCUUCUUCAGUUCUAAGAGCAAUUGGUGGUGAGUCCCAGAUUUUAAGCCCUAUAGGAGUGUCACCACAAUCAAUUGCUCUCAAUCAAAGCUCAGAGGUAGAAACAUCCAAGAAGCCUGGAGAACUAUUCCUGAAGAUCCUCACAGAGAUGACAGAGAGCUGCUCAGAGUUCAGACUAUGCUAAAGGAUAAAGGUGCUAAACAUACAAACUCAGUUUUUGCCUUAUAUGCUGUUUUUCCCAUGUAUGUUUGAAACAAUCGCUGUACCCGUUUCAAAAUUUCAUAGCAAAAUAUGAAGAAACAAGGGGUGGCUCCAAACUUUUGCCAUGUACUGAGUAAAAUAAAAAUUUAAUUCAAAAUAAAAUACUUCAGUCAUACACUGUUUAACUACAACAUUAUAGACUGAAUAUUGAGUGGGCUAAACCUAUGCCAGAAAAACACAGUGAGGCGUGAACAGGAGCCCUCUGAGCUGUUGGAUCUUGGCCAGCAAUGGGCUGCAGAGACGAGCCUCGUUGGAUUGGAACAGCUCUGACACAUCCUCCACAUUCUCGAUCAGAAGCUCCAGGCACCUGGAAAGCUUUUUUUUGUUUAUGUAUCUUUAGCCAUUUUUAGGAGUAUAUUUGUGUACUAGGACCUGCGGUUUACCAGCAGAACAUCACAUUGUAACACACUAACAUAAAAAAAUCAGUUAUUCCCCUCAUGUAGGAGUGUUUUUCAGCUGCUCUGUAACCAGAUGUUUCACAUUACCAAACCUUUAAUGUUCGAGGUGUGAGCAGGCGAAACAGGGCAGAAGUAAAAAUCUUUUUUGUUUUUUGACAGCCACAUGAUGUGUUUGUAGCGAGCGUAUGUAUUUUUCUGGGCAUUCUCCACUGACUUCAAAGGUUUGCUCUUUUAAUGUAAUAUGGAAAAAAUGAUGCUGUAGAAAAUGUAGCACCGUUUUUACAUUUGUGAGAAUGGAGACCGUCACAAAUCGGCAGUGUUAUCCUGGUCUUACUGUUUGAAACCAUGACUAAAGCUGAUUUGACUCAUGUCAGUGCUCCUAUUUAAGACUCAUGGAAUGACAUUUUAAUAACAACUGGAAAUUAUUUCUUUAUAGUACAAAAGUUACAAAGUGGGCAUCAUUGCUUCACUUCUCGACUUAUUGUGAGGUUCAAAAUGGACUUCAAUUGAAUACAAAAUUGAAAAUGACAGUUAUGACGAGCUGUAUCCGUGAGAGACAGGAUAAUGAAGACUGAAGUUAAGUAAUAUGACCUGUUGUAUGAAAAGGUGUCGGACACUAUAAAGAUCCUAAUGAUGAAAGGGAGCAUUGAACACAUGAGAAGAAUGAGGCCUUGAUUAUUUUUGUUGAUUAUUGUUUACUUUCUGUCUUAAAAGGGAAAUGCACUGUAACUAUAACAGUCGGGCAUUUAUUACUAAUAAAGGAGUUUAUCUCUUUGCUGAUUA